GUAUUCCACAUUUUAGAUUGAGGGUCACACUGUUAUAUCGUUGGGGUGCGCGCUGCCUUGCAAUUGUCCCUAAAAUUGUUUUUUUGUUGCUGAAACACACAAAUAGUUUAUAAUGGCAUCUAUACUACGCACGGGUAAACUGUUGCGUUACUUUGCAGGCUUUACGCGCAACGUUGUGGUCAACUCGGUGCGUGACUGCGAAAACACCAAUCUCCUACAAUCGUCGCCUUGCAUGUGCGGACAAUUCCAGAAUGGAUUUGCAAGCAAUGCUGCCGCCACCAAGGCGGAGGUGACUCUGGAUAGACAGAUUCGUCGUUUGGAUCAGGAUGCGCGUCGCAUCGGCCGCAUCUCCAGGCGGGAUUUGGAAGAAGUGUUAGAUGAGAUACGCACACAUCGCACUGCGACCAGCUCACAGUCGCUGCUGGUCAUACGCUGCUGUGGCAACCUGGUGCCCGAGGAGCUUCCCGAAGUGCGCACCGCCCUUGUGCAGGAGAUCUGGAAGACGCUAAACGCUCUGAAUGUGCCAAUGGAUAUAUCACACUACAACGCUCUGCUGCGUGUGUAUCUGGAGAACGAACAUCAGUUUGCGCCCACCGACUUCCUAGCCGAAAUCGAGGCCAAGGGCAUCGAGCCCAACAGGGUUACCUAUCAGCGUCUGAUUGCGCGCUAUUGCCAGCAAGGCGACAUUGAAGGAGCUACACGCAUCCUCGAGUAUAUGCGCGGCAAGAGUUUGCCAGUGAACGAAAAUGUCUUCAAUUCACUCAUUCUGGGACACUCACAGGCCAACGAUAUGGAGUCCGCCAAGGGUAUUCUGGGCGUGAUGAAGCAAGCCGGCUUGGAGCCCAGUGCCGAGACCUAUACGACGCUUAUGUGCGCCUUUGCACGCCACGGCGAUAUCGAAGCGUUGCAGUCUACGCUCGCUGAGUGCGAGUCGAAAGAGAUCAUCUUGCUGGACAAGGAUUUGCUAGAUAUUGCUUACACGCUGUCGGUGAAUGGAAAUGGCGAGCAUGUGGACAAAGUGCUGACCAAGCUACGCAUAUCGCCCGGCUUCAAUCAGGAUGCUGUUAAUAUUAUAUUGCGCCUGGUUAACAAGGGCCACGAGGAUGUGGCUUUGAAGUUGCUCCGGUUGAUGCCGCGCAGCACGCGCGUCAAUGGUGAACCCGUCGAUGUGGGCGCGUUUUUUAUACGUCAGUUGGUUAAGGCUAACCGUCCAAUUGAGAAGAUCUUGAGCAUUUGUCGCACUCUACAAGAGGAGGGUCUCAAUCCCAAGGCUCUGACCAUUGCAACUGAGGCUGGUCUCACGAAUGGUGUAAUGAACAAUGCGCUACCACUGCUGCAAGAGAUGAAGAAUUUGGGUUUGCCCAUACGACAGCAUUAUUUCUGGCCAUUGUUUUGCUCCGUGGAGUCCAAUCAGGUGUUGGAAGUGGUGCGUCGCAUGCAGCAGGAGUUCUCAUUGAAUCCCAAUUCGGAAACUGUGCGCGAUUAUGUCAUUCCCAAUCUGAAGGAGAAAAACUGGGAUCGUGUAGUCACAGUGCUCCGGGAUGCAGGUGUGCCAAAUUCUACGGCUGUCACGUCCGCCGUCUAUGCGGCUUUAACCACCCAUCAGAUAUCGGAAGCUGCUAAGAUUAUGGAACAGAACCGUGUCUUCUAUAUGCCCCUCAUCUUCCGUCAGCCACUCAUCAUAGCACUGGCUCAGACGAACGACUUUGCUUCCUUCAUACGUUGCGUGCGUCAAAUGCACGAAGGUUUGCAGUUACGCGCCGGCAGGGAGUCCACCGACGAGGCGGACCAAGUCGCUAGCGAUGUGGAAACACCUGCACCGGUCGAACGUCAGACACCCGAUGUAGUAGGCAACAUUGUCUACGAUGCGGCAAUCUACUUCCGCCGUGAACGUGUGCCCACGCUGGAGAAGAUAUUGCAGGGCCUGGUCAAGCAGGGUCUGUCCAUUAGCAGUGCCAAGGCGACAGCUCUGUCCGAGCUGCUCGGCUCUGAGAUGACACCCAAGAUCGCUGAGCAAUUGGGCAAGCUUACUUCGGGUGAAUUGGAGCCAAUUCCAUUGCCCAACAGCGGCAAACGAGCUCUGGACACUUUAUCCAUUGAAGAAUUGGAACGAUUUAUCAAGAACGUGGAGGCAAAGGGUGAUAACGCGAAUAACAUCAAGCGACAGCUGUUGAGUGCUUGCUUCCGUUCGCAGAACCUGGAGAAAACAUUGCAGGUGAUCGAACGGCUUGAGCAGGACACAUUCCAGAUACCAAUUGGCAUCUAUGCACAGCUCGUUGAUUUGUAUACCUUUCACAAGCGCAGCUCGGACGCCUUGACGCAGUACAACAAGCUGCGCACAGCGGAUGCCAACUUCAAGCUGGACAACUUUAAGACCGUGAGGCUAGUGGAUUUGCUGCUGCAAGAGGAACGUAUGGAGGAGGCUUUGCAGUUGCUCAAGGAGAAUCAAAAGGAUGUGCCCCUCGGUGAAGGCGAGGCCAGUUUCAACUAUGUGAGCACUCUGUGGCGCAUACUCAAUACAAUCGCUGAGUCGGGCAAUGCGGAGAGGCUGAAGGUUGUCUUCGAUGCCCUCGUAGCGGGCAAUUAUGCGCUGCCCAAUAAUGUGCUGCUGGGUCCAUUGAUUAAGGUGCAUUUGUCUCGUGAUGAUAUACCUAAGGCAAUUGAUGCCUUCGAACAGAUUUGUCAGCAGUACAAAGCUACGCCGUGGAAGAACGAACUCGCCUGCCGGCUCAUCCAAAAGGAGGAUGCAGCUAAUUUACAACGACUCACAGAUCUAAGCACCAGCAUACACGGCGAGGUGAACAGCCUGUACGAUCUGGUAUUCUCCUUUGUGGAAUGCGGACGUGUGCGUCAAGCAAGAAAGAUUUUGGAGACACCUGGUCUGCGCACCAGGCCACAACGCAUUAGCAACGCCUGCGAUCGUUACAAGAACGAGGGCAUGCUGCAGCCCCUCGAAGGUCUAAUUGAGGCAACCAAGGAUUUGGGUCACAUUGAUCGCAACAAGAUCUACUAUACGCUGCUACUGAGCUACGACAAGGCGGAUGAGGCUGAAAAGGCGCUCGGACUGUGGACUAAGAUGCAAGAGGAGGCUGUCACGCCCACAGAUGCAUUCCUGCUCAAGUUAGCGGAGCUGCUGAAGCGCAAGAAUGUUGAUGUGCCUUUCGUGGUGCCCGAAUCGCAGCAGAUGAAGAGCAGACGCAAAAAGCCAGCUAAGGCAGAUACCAAGAUCGAAGCUAAUGUAGAAGAGGCAGUGCAGUCUACUGCAGAGACAAAGGUGGAACCUAAAGCUAAGUCUGUACCAGCAGUCAAGCCGCUCUCCAACGUAGCCGGCUUUCGUCGUGCUGUUCAGGCCAAUGAUCUCGAUAGCGCAAUUUCCUUCAAGGACCGUAUCAUAAGCGGUGACAGGAUCAAUGUGCUAGAUAUAUCGAGACUGAUCGAGCUGCUGGUGCGCGCCGAGCGUUUGACCGAAGCCACUAAGUAUGUGGAUGAGCUGCUCAGUGAAAAGCAGCAUCCGCAACCAAAGAUCUUUAAGUUCUAUUUGAACAAAAUUGCUGCUACCGGCGAUUUGGAGGUGAUGCAACGCAUCGGCACACAGCUGAACGAUGAACAGAAGCGUCUCGUAUCCUUUGAUAAUCGUUAUUGCCACGCCUACAUUGUGGCCGGCAAGGCAGAGCAGUUCCUCAAGCAGUUGAGCACAGACAUCGAAGCAGUAAAGUCGACAGAGGAGGCAGGCAAAUUGGCUGAAAAGUUUCCACGCGGCGGCGCAGUCGGCAUCCUGGACAAACAUCCCGAACUGAUUGCUCAGUACGAGACCAUGGCUGAGAAAUACGCCGCCCACAAUCAGCUGGGCCCCAUGAACGUGCUGUGGAUGCAUUUGAUAUCGAACGGCCAGGAGGUGGCCUCCAAGCAGAUCUGGGACAAACAUUUAUCCAGUGCGCCUCGCUUGAUGUUCCAGCGUGUGCUGCAAACAGCACGCGAGCAGCAGGACGAGAAGCUGGCCUCCACGGUCAUUUCACAGCUGCGCGGCAGCAAAAUCAGCGAAGGCGCCAUCGGCAAUGCCUACUCCUGUUUAAUAGACAUACAGACGACCAAGGGCAAUACUGAUAAGGCGCUGGAGGUGCUCGCCAAUGCCAUCAAAGAUGUAUCGCUCGAGAAUAUCAAUCGCACCGCACUUCUGCGCCUCAAACAGUCCGUCGAGGAGAAGUCCCAGAAGUUCCCAUAUACAGUGCCUGAAAAACGUACUAAAGCGGACGAUUCUAGCUCCUCCAGCAGCAGCAGCGAUGACGAUGUGACGCCCAAACGACCAGAAACAUCGCCAACAAAGCCGGAACGUGCUUAGAUGGCAUAUAAAAAUCUUAUCCCUUUGUUAGUAUAAUCCUAAUCUUAUCGUCUAUCUAGUAUGUAUUGACCAGGCUACGAGAAUUCUAACCAAAAUAUAUAGG